GGUAGAAACUUUACUGCGAAUUAUACGACCAGCAGACGAAGGGAAGCAGACGAACUUCCGAGGACUUUAUUCAAAAUUAGAUCCGGAGAGAUAAGAUGACAAUGAAACUUUUUAAUAAGAAGUAAAUAUCCUUAUCAGCGAGGUACAAGAUGUAUCGCACCGCCAAAAGUCUCUUCUCCUCUGCGAGUGUGCAGUUACCUGUAGUGGCAUCUUUCAGGCGAGUCCACACCGAGGUGAAAGUACCUGUACCCUGGGGACAUGUGGCAGGAAAGUGGUGGAACAAAGAUGAAGGGAAGCCUAUCAUUGCUCUUCAUGGCUGGCAGGAUAAUGCCAAUUCGUUUGAUCGCUUAGUACCUUCGAUUUCGCCCAAGGCAUCAGUUCUUGCAAUCGAUCUACCUGGGCAUGGCCAUUCUUCACAUUUUCCUCAUGGAUUUCCUUACCACCGCAUGUCAGCUGUUAUGACCUUGCGACGAAUAGUGGAGCACUUUGGAUGGAAAAGUGUUACAUUAAUGGGCCAUUCCCUAGGCGGCCAGACCUGUUUCAUGUAUGCAGCUAUCUAUCCAGGGGAAGUGGACAGCUUGAUUACGAUUGACAUUUUAGCUCCUAUUCCUUUGAAUCCUCAGAAGUACAUAAAGCAUGGUGGUAAGACAAUUGAUGAGUUUAUCAGAAGAGAUCUUCAAACUGAGGCAACUGCUCCAUCGCAUCCAUAUGAAGAUCUUGUGAAAAUGGUUCUUAAAUCUCCAAUUUCACCAGAUACUGUAGAAGGAGCAAAAAUUUUGAUGGACAGGGGAAGUGUAAAAACUGAAGAAGGUAAAUACCGAUUAACGCGAGAUACCAGAUUGAAAGGCAAUUCAACUUCAGGAUGGUCAGCGGACGACAUACUUAAAUACUGUCUUGAACUGAAGACUAAUAUUUUAUGUAUCAAAGCAGAGGGCUCACCUUAUUUUUCUACAAAGGAAUUUUUUGAUCAAUCGUGGGAGAAUGUUACUAAAGCUGCUAAAAAUGCUGAACUUGUAUAUUUGCCAGGAAAGCAUCACCUUCAUUUAGAAAAUGUAGAAGCUGUAGCUCCUGUUGUGAACAAGUUUUUAUCUAAGUAUUAUACUAGGUAGUUCACUACUUAAGUAGGAUUAUUUUUUGAAAGAACUGAAAAAAACAAAUGUAUUUCAUCUAUAUCACUUUAUUUUUCUCUUUAAAAAAAUAUAAGCUUAUAUUUGUACAAUAAACAGUGAUUAAUCUAA